AAUACCCAUCGCUAUCUACAUUUGGAAACAAUGAUCUUAUAAAAGCGGCGAAAUAAAACAAAAAAGAAAGAAACUACUGUACUAAUAUUCUUCUUCUCCGUUUGGGUUUGGCGGCAACAAUGGCGAUUUCUUCCCAGUUGCCAAGAUUCCUUAGCGCGAGAACAAAAAAAACUAAUCUUUAUCUCAUUUCCUCGACCGCCGUUCUCUGCUCUGUGUUCUAUCUCGUCAGAAUCUUCCAAAACGGCGGGUACCGCCGGUUAUCCACCGGUGCGUUCCUCCCGUCAGUCAACUGUAAUCUUCCGACCAAGAAUUUAAUCGGUAAGAAUAUAUCUUCCGACGGCGAAUUCCUUGACUUCCACACCCACCACGCGGCUGAAGAACUCGUGCCGCUCCUGCCGGCGGUGGAGGCUAAGAAAUUCCCGCCGUGUAAGGCGGAGCUCUCCGAGUACACGCCGUGCGAGGACACGGAGCGGUCGUUACAAUUUGACAGGGACAUGCUAAUAUACAGAGAGAGGCACUGCCCGGAGAAGAACGAGUUGCUGAAGUGCAGGAUCCCGGCGCCGUUCGGUUACAAGAUUCCGGUUCGGUGGCCGGAGAGCCGUGACUCGGUGUGGUACGCCAACGUCCCACAUAAGCACUUGACGGUCGAGAAGGCCGGCCAGAACUGGGUGCGGUUCAAGGAGGACCGGUUCAUCUUCCCCGGUGGUGGGACCAUGUUUCCACGUGGAGCUGACUCGUACAUUGAUGACAUCGGCCACCUCAUCAACCUCAAAGAUGGGUCCAUCCGGACGGCCAUAGACACCGGCUGUGGGGUUGCUAGUUGGGGAGCCUACUUACUGUCCAGAGACAUCCUGCCUUUAUCAUUUGCACCUAAAGAUACACAUGAAGCUCAAGUGCAGUUUGCCUUAGAGAGGGGCAUUCCUGCAACAAUUGGUCUCUUAGCUUCCAAACGCCUGCCCUAUCCUUCCCGAGCUUUCGACAUGGCUCAUUGUUCGCGAUGUCUCAUUCCUUGGGGCCAAUAUGAUGGGCUUUACUUGAUCGAGGUAGAUCGAGUUUUACGGCCCGGUGGGUAUUGGAUUCUCUCCGGGCCGCCUAUUAACUGGCAAACACACUGGAGAGGGUGGAACAGGACGAGGGCUGAUUUGAAGGAAGAGCAAGAUCAAAUUGAGAGUAUUGCAAAAAGUUUGUGCUGGAAAAAAGUGGUUCAGAAAGGAGAUCUUUCCAUUUGGCAGAAGCCUACUAAUCAUGUGCACUGCAAAGUCACUAGGAAGGUUUUUAAGAAACCACUAUUCUGCCAGGGACAAGAUCCUGACACUGCAUGGUACACCAAGAUGGAAGCUUGUUUGAGUCCCCUACCUGAAGUGUCCAAUGUUAAAGAAAUCGCGGGUGGGGACUUAGCUAAAUGGCCUGAAAGAUUGACUGCAACACCUCCAAGGAUCAGUAGCAGAAGUGUUGAAGGAAUAACUGGAGAAGCCUUCAACAAAGACACACUGCUAUGGAAGAAGAGAGUUGAACAUUACAAGGGUGUGGAUUUUCAGUUGGCAGAGCAGGGAAGGUAUCGAAACGUCCUCGAUAUGAAUGCUCAGUUGGGAGGAUUUGCUGCUGCACUCAUCAAUGAUCCGGUGUGGGUGAUGAACGUUGUCCCCGUUGAGGCGAAUGUUAAUACUCUUGGCGUUAUAUUCGAACGGGGUCUGAUCGGGACUUACCACAAUUGGUGUGAAGCCAUGUCAACUUAUCCGAGAACCUAUGACUUCAUUCAUGCAGAUGGCAUUUUCUCUCUUUACAAAAACAGAUGCGAGAUUGAAAAUAUUUUGCUGGAGAUGGAUAGGAUAUUGCGGCCACAAGGAAGUGUGAUCAUCCGAGAUGACGUGGAUGUAAUGGCGAGCGUUAAGAGCAUAGCUGACGGGCUUCGAUGGGAAAACCAAAUGGCCGAUCAUGAAGACAGCCCUCAUGUGAGGGAGAAGAUUCUGAUUGCAACCAAACAAUAUUGGACAGCCCCUUCUUCAGACAAUUAUGAACCAGAGUCAAAUGCAAGUUCAUAGUCUCUCGAUAUCAUUUCACUAUAUUUUUUCUGUUCAUAAUUUUUGAUAUUUUUUACUUUUAAUUGACCAAUGGGUUUCAGCUUCAUAAUCAAUUGUGUUUUUUUGUCAAUUUUACAAGCUGUAAGUUAUUCAUUUCCUUUUGCAAGAGCAUAUUCAUUAGAAUAAAAACGCGAAAACUUUAUCCUAAAUGUGACUGUAUGGUUACUUAAGUAAGAUUGUAAGACUUCCAUAUUUUUAUUCCUAAAACAUCUAUUUAGGAUGAUUUCACUUAGAUUUGUUUCA